CUGGGAGUCUGCAAGCCGCUCUCAUUCAUCUUUGUGUUUCCACAGAAGAAGAAGACAAAAUGAGUGGCCGAGGAAAGGGAGGCAAAGGACUCGGGAAAGGAGGCGCCAAGCGUCACCGUAAAGUUCUCCGUGAUAACAUCCAGGGAAUCACCAAGCCCGCUAUCCGCCGUCUGGCUCGCCGCGGGGGAGUCAAGCGCAUCUCCGGUCUCAUCUACGAGGAGACCCGCGGUGUGUUGAAGGUGUUCCUGGAGAACGUGAUCCGUGACGCAGUCACCUACACCGAGCACGCCAAGAGGAAGACCGUCACCGCCAUGGAUGUAGUUUACGCUCUGAAGAGGCAGGGCCGCACCCUGCCUGCUUUGAAUGCACAGACUGGACUCAGAGCCAUGGCCAGAACCAAGCAGACCGCCCGUAAAUCUACCGGAGGCAAAGCUCCCAGGAAGCAGCUGGCCACCAAGGCUGCGCGUAAGAGCGCUCCAGCUACCGGCGGCGUCAAGAAGCCUCACCGCUACAGGCCCGGUACCGUGGCUCUGAGAGAGAUCCGUCGCUACCAGAAGUCCACGGAGCUGCUGAUCCGUAAGUUGCCCUUCCAGCGGCUGGUCCGGGAGAUCGCUCAGGACUUCAAGACCGACCUGCGCUUCCAGAGCUCCGCCGUCAUGGCUCUGCAGGAGGCCAGCGAGGCUUACCUGGUGGGUCUGUUCGAGGACACCAACCUGUGCGCCAUCCACGCCAAGAGGGUCACCAUCAUGCCCAAAGACAUCCAGCUGGCCCGCCGCAUCCGUGGAGAGAGAGCUUAGAGACGGAGGUCAAACAAAAACACACAACGGUUCUUUUCAGAGCCACCGACCUGUUUACAUGAGAGCCUCUUCCUGUAAUUCAUGAAGCUUCUACAUUUUUAGGUCAAAAACAACUUCGAGGGUAGAAAAUUCCCAGUUGAAACAAAUUUAUAUACACUUUUCUGUAAUUCUGCAUAUUUGCUAUGGGCCCAUCACAUACAGCUGAAAGUGUCAUAUACUGAUU